UUUGGGCAACAGCAUUUUAGGGAGAAUGUUCCGUCUCAGCCUGAUGAUUUAUUUGCAAUUAUAUACACUUCAGGAACGACAGGCUUACCUAAAGGUGUAAUGCUAAGUCAUAGUAAUCUUUUGGCAGCACUGUGUUCAGUUUACUACGAAAAUGAAGAACCACCAGGAUCCCGAAUAAUUUCUUAUUUACCUUUAGCUCAUAUUAUGGGUAUCUUGAUUGAAGGUUUUGCUAUAAGAAUUGGCUGUUCAAUUGGUUACUUCAGUGGUGACCAAAACAGAUUGCUCGAAGAUGUUCAAGUUUUGCAACCUAUAUCAUUUCCUAGUGUGCCUAGAAUAUUUAAUAAAUUAUAUAUAAGCAUAAGAGCCGCUACAAUCGACGCGCCUGGUGAGGAGGGUGAGAUGGCAAGACGUGCGUAUCAGAGGAAGUUAACGCAUUUUAAAAAAACUGGAGAAUUGAAAUACGAGGAAUGGGACAAAUUGGCAAAGAAGAAGAUUGGCGAUAUUCUUGGUGUAAACGUAAGGUCUUUGAUUUGUGGCGCGGCUCCACUGAGUGAAGACGUUGUUGAAUUUUUAAGAGUCGCACUCGGUGUUGUUUUUGUUCAAGGAUAUGGGCAGACAGAAUCUGCAGGAACUGGAGCAAGAGUCCUUAUUGGUGACCUCAUUACAUCCCAUGUUGGAGCGCCGUCAUCAUGUCUUGAGAUCAAGCUCGUAGAUGUUCCAUCCUUAAAUUAUUACAGCACCGAUAAACCAAAUCCAAGAGGCGAAAUUUGUCUUAAGGGUGCUUCUAUUAUGAAGGGCUAUUUUAAGGAUGAAAAAAAAACAAAAGAAACUAUUGACAAGGAGGGAUGGUUGCAUACUGGAGAUGUGGGAGAAAUUGAUGACCGUGGAUGUCUAAGAAUUAUUGAUAGAGUUAAAAAUAUAUUUAAGCUUGCUCAAGGUGAAUAUAUUGUCCCUGAAAAAAUUGAAACCGUCUAUAUUAACGACCCGCUAAUAUCUCAAAUCUUUGUUUUUGGUGAUGAUCGUCAAUCUUCUUUAGUCACAAUAGUUAUUCCAGACAGAGAAAAUUUUAUUUCUUGGGCAAAUCAAAUUGUUGGAGGUCUGGAUUAUGAAACAUUAGUGAAAAAUGAUGUCGUUGUUAACGAAUUGUUGAAACGUUUAAAUAUUCAUGGAAAAAAUAACGGACUUAAUGG